AUGAGUAUGCAUCUCCAAAUGGUCGAUAGAACCAUCAAGAGAUCGGUAGGGGUUGUUGAUGAUGUCAUUGUUAGAGUGAGGGAAUUCUUAUUACCGGCAGAUUUUGUCAUCCUUGAUUGUGCGGUUGAUAAAGAAGUCUCAAUUAUCUUGGGAAGGCCAUUUCUUGCCACCGGGGGAGACGAAGCGGUGGAGCAUAAAUUAGAGGAGGAACAAUUUGACGAAGCACUUUCGGCUAAUUUGGUGAAUUUUGAUGCGGAUGAAAUGGAGGAGUAUGUUGAAAUGGAACAAAAUCAAAAGGUGUUUGCAGUGUUGCGGGAUUAUCGAAGAUCUAUUGGGUGGAUAUUAGGAGGAUUCCCUCCGGUAUUUGUGAACAUAGAAUCGAACUUGGAUAUGGUUGAGGAUUGCUUGGAAGUCUUUAUGGAUGACUUUUCAGUUGUUAGUGACUCCUUUGACGAAUGCCUUGCCAAUCUUGUUGACUAUGUGUCCAAGUGGGUCAAAGCUGUAGCAUUGCCUAACAAUGACGGCAAGAAUGUCACAAAUUUUCUCAAAAAGAAUAGCACUCCUAGGGCGAUCAUUAGUGAUGGUGGCACUCAUUUUUGCAACAAGCAAUUCACUAGUCUCAUGGAGAAAUAUGGAGUGAAGCAUAGGGUGGAAAAUCCUUACCACCCCCAAACUAGUGGAAUGGCAUUCAAGACUCCCAUUGGUACUUCUCCUUAUCAGUUGGUGUUUGGUAAAGCUUAUCAUCUACCGGUUGAACUUGAACACAAAGCUUUGUGGGCACUAAAAAAUUGA